AUGGCAGACUUGGAGAAUUUGCUCCUUGAGGCAGCAGGACGAACCAGUGCAGCUGUGAAGAAUCACCAGCAACUUCCACCUUCUAGAAAGCGACAUGGACGUUCCUUCUCUGAUGAUGAAAGUGACUCAGGGGACGAAGAUUCGGAUGAUGGCCGUAGCUGUGCAAGCAAGAAGCCCUCUCAAGUACCUCUGAAGAAGAGGUUUGACCCUUCUGAAAGAGGCAGUGACGAAGAGCAUGAUGAUGCUUCUGAUCAUGAGAGUGAAAAAAGUGAUGAAUCUGAUAUUGGUCCUGACCUGUACAAGGAUGAUGCUGAUCGGAGACGGCUUUCAGAGAUGACUGAAUUUGAAAGAGAGAUGAUUCUGACCAAUAGAGCAGAAAAGAAAGAUGGUAAGAAGUUUAUGGAAAAAUUAAGAUCAAAGAGAAACAAAGAUAGAUCCAAUCAAUCAAAGAAAGAAACUUCAUCUGUUCCAGUAACUGGUGUGCGCUCAUCAGCUAGGAAUGCUGAGAAAGCAGCUGUCAUUGGUGAGGCAUUGAGUCAGUUACGCGAAAAGAAGCGUCAGAAGCAACAAGACUCGAAGGCUCACGGUAAUCUGAGGGAUUCGACAAAAGGAAAUGUUGGUAGCCAGGAUUUUUCACCAAACAAGCAUAAAUCUCUUGUUGCAGCAAGUCUGAUUGACUCCGAUCAAAUGGAAAAUGAUGGGGGGCUACAAACUGAAGAUGUAGGGUCAGCUUAUGAUGAUGAUAGUGAUGAGGAAAAGAUAGAGCAGCCAACAUACCAGGACAUAAAGGACAUUACCAUCCCAAGGUCGAAACUUGCAAAAUGGUGUAUGGAACCAUUUUUUGAGGAGUUAAUUGUGGGUUGCUUUGUUAGGGUUGGAGUUGGGAAAUCAUUAACUGGUCCAGUCUACAAGCUUUGCAUGGUUCAGGAUGUGGAUGCCACAGAUUUUAACCGGAGGUACCAGCUAGAGGGAAAAAUGACACAUAAAUAUUUGAACUGUGUUUCGGGCAGUGAAAAUUCUGCUUCCAAGUGGCAGAUGGCUAUGGUCUCAAAUUCUACUCCAGAGGAGGAGGAGUUCAAUGAGUGGAUUAGUGAAGUGAAGCGUAGUGCUGGCUACAUGCCAAGCAAACAGGAUGUAUUAGAAAAGAGGGAGACCCUACAGAAAUCAAACACAUUUGUCUACUCAGCAACAACUGUGAAGCAAAUGUUGCAGGAGAAACGAGCCUCAGCAAGACCCGUGAACAUUGCAAUUGAGAAGGAUAGGUUGAGGAGGCAGUUGGAAGUUGCAGGAAGCAAGCGUGAUGAGGAAGAAGUUGGGAGGAUUAAGACCAGGCUCCUGGAAUUGGAGGCAUCCAGGCAAUCCCAGGAUAAAGAUUCCAAGGCCAUUAGGUUAGCUGAGAUGAACAGGAAGAACAGGUUUGAGAAUUUUAAGAAUGCUUCUGGAUUGAAACCAAUAAAUACAAAUCUGAAAGCAGGGGAGGCUGGUUAUGAUCCUUUCUCAAGAAGAUGGACCAGAUCGAGGAAUUACUAUGUUGGAAAGCCCGGAGGAGAUGAAGCCGCUGAAGAUGAAACUGCUGCGGCAGCAGAUGGAAUUCUAGGUACAACUAGUGACAAGGCAGAAGCGAAAGUAAUGGGAGAGUUUGGCAGGACAGCAACAGCAGCAGCGUUGGAAGCUGCAGCUGGUGCAGGAAAGUUGGUUGAUACAAGAGCUCCUGUGGACAGAGCUACAGAGUCAUAUACAUUGCACAAUUUUGAGCUGCCGAUCUCGUUGGCAGGACUUCAGAAGUUUGGUGGACCUCAUGGGGCUCCGGCUGCAUACUUGGCGAGGAAACAAAAGAUUGAAGCCACAGUAGGGUACCAAGUCCCAGAGGAUGAUGGCAGGAGACAUGCUUUAACAUUGACAGUCAGUGAUUAUAAGAGAAGAAGAGGGCUUCUCUGA